AUGGGAGCUUUGUCGAACCUGGAUCCUCACAGCAUGGCGUGCACUUUGCAGGAAGCCGCGCACGAACUGAUCAGUGUGACAAGCUUUCUGGGCUUGAACGAUUCGAUUGCUGCCAGACACCUUGACCAUUUGCCUGAAGAUCCACCUGAACAACCAGAGCCGGUGCCUGCUCCAGAGGUGCACUUGCCUUCAGACGGUCCUAUCGGAGAUGGAUAUCGCCUCAUCCCUGACGUACCACUGAGUAGAGUCGACGACUUCAACGGCCCAGCGAUGCAGCCCUAUGAUGUGGAACCACCUGGGCCUUCCGCACCAACAAUGAGCGCGAUACCGAUAUCUCCGAUGUCACCGAUGUCAUUGUGGCUUUGUGAGGCAUCACAGCUCUGCCUUUGGGCACGGAGAGGCCGUUGCCAUUUUGCUCGCACGUUCCUUUGA